GAAAUAAUAGCAUUGAGAAUGGUGCCGAUUCCCUUCUGCGCCACGUACGUAUACGUUUAAUAAGUAUAUACAGUAUAUAUAUAUAUACACAUUAGUAGAAAUCACAGACGUAAUAGUGGCAGAGGCCUUGUGUAUAGAAUCAAAUUGUAAUUGAUUACUUUGUUACACGGAAAAGCCUUGUAGCGUAGUUGCUGCUGGCAACGACUGUCUACCAUUACGGAUAACUGCUUUACGCAAAUUAAAACGGACAUUGGGGUUCGCUCUGGUUUGCCUGGAGAAGCCUGUCCUGAGGGAUAUUCCCAGCAGUACCGAGAAUUGAUUUUUUUUUCUUCCUCUGCAUACCGAUUCCCCGCGCGCAGUAAGUAACUUGUUGGAUUGGAUCGUGUCGCUUUUAACACCCAUGACCCUAGGGCACUUCGAAGAUACCCGCAGCGGGCGGAACGACUGGUGACGUUAAUGACGUUUGAAACCAGCCUGAGAAAGGCCGCACUUCCGUGCCGCUCCGAGUAAGUAAGUAAGGCGCAGCUGUGGCGGACUAUCGGUAGAUGUCCUGUUGUUUUUCUGGAGGAGGGGUGUGAGAGAGAGAGAGGAAGCAGCACCUUCUUGUUGUGUUUUUUUACAUUUUAAAGGCUUGAACUGACGAUUACUUUAGGGUCAUGAUUGACCUCAUCUGUAUUUUUUUUAAUCUUUUUAAAUAAGGAGCCUUUACUGUUUCUCUUCUGUUACUGGGAGUGUUUUAUUGUGGCCAUCCGGAUUACUGGCGUUCACAUUAGCCGAUGGAUUUAGAAUUGUAAAAAUCGUUUCCUUUGGAAUAAGAACAGUAUUGUUAUGGAAUGGGCGAUGUUUUAAAGGAAAACGCAUCAAUAAAAGCACAACUUUAGUUCACUAAGGAACAUUUUUGAAAUUGGUUUUGGUCUCUCUGGGUUAGGCUCUGUCACCACCCAGUAAGCAACUGGAAUGUGAACCGUUUUUAAAGCUGUACGAACUGGCAGUUUAUUUGGCUUAAGGCGAAGCGUCUGAGGAACAACUUUGGUUUAAGUUCCCUACCAAAAAACCCUCAUCAGGAAUCUUAGUGUAUUUUAUCUCGCUCGUUUAAGAGCAACCUGAGACAGCUUUCUUGAAAUUACUCUUGGCUCCCGUAUUUCGGGCAUUUUAUUUACGGAUCAAGAAGUCGGGGACAUAAAAAAAAAGACAAAAGUCUUUAAAAAAAUUAAUGAGACAGCCAGCCAAAAGAGAGCGGCCAUGGCUGAAAACUGGAAGAACUGCUUCGAAGAGGAGCUGAUCUGCCCGAUCUGUCUUCACGUGUUUGUGGAGCCCAUCCAGCUGCCAUGCAAGCACAACUUCUGCCGCGGCUGCAUCAGCGAGGCCUGGUCCAAAGACACGGGCCUGGUCCGCUGUCCAGAGUGCAACCACGCCUACAACCAGAAACCGGUCUUGGAGAAAAACCUGAAGCUGACCAACAUCGUGGAGAAAUUCAACGCGCUGAACGUAGACAAGAGCCCCACUGUGCUCCACUGCAUCUUCUGCCGCCGGGGCCCACCACUGCCGGCCCAGAAGGUCUGUCUUCGGUGCAACGCGCCCUGUUGCCAGUCUCACGUACAGACGCACCUGCAGCAGCCUUCCUCCAAUCCGGGACACUUCCUAGUCGAGGCCGAGGAUGUGCGGGCCUGGAGCUGUCCUCAGCAUGAUGCCUACCGCCUGUACCACUGCGAGACCGAGCAGGUGGCCGUUUGCCAGUACUGCUGCCUGUCCAGGUGUGGGGCCAACCACAACCACUCGGUGUGUGACGUGGAGAGCCGCAGAAACGACAUGCGGCAAAUGUUAAUAAAGCAACAGGACCGGAUAGAAGAGAGAGAUCAGGACAUUGAAGAACAGAUCUAUAAGUUGGAGUCUGACAAGCGACUGGUAGAGGAUAAGGUUCAACAGUUGAAAGAGGAAGUGAGACUGCAAUACCAAAAGAUGCAUCAACUUUUAGAAGAGGAUUUGGGGAAGACCUUGGAGAUCCUAGACAAAGCCCGUUCAAAAUUUUGUGAAGAAAACUCUUCUCAGAUCCUACAGCUUAGUGAACGUCGCCAGGAAGCCAAAAAAUUGCUUAGCUCUGUGCAGAUGGUUUUUGACAAGAUGGAGGACAUUAACUUCAUGAAGAAUACGAAAGCUGUAAAGAUUUUAACAGAUAGAGCGCAGAAUUGUACAGGGAGUGGAUUACCUCCUCAUAAAGUGGGCCAUCUCAAUUCUAAACUGUUCCUUUCAGAGAUCUCAAAGAAAGAGAAGAGUCUACGAAAGAUGCUGGAAGCUCCUUUUAGCACUCCAGCUCACUUCCUCCAGAGCAUUCCUGCGUAUCCCUGUACCCUUAGUGGUUCUGGAGCAGAGAAACGCAAGCACUCCACUGCCUUCCCAGAAAGCAGCAACUUCCUGGAUUCUCAGCCUGGAAAAGUUGGAAAGCAGUUCCUGUCCCAGGGUUCCACUUCAGGAGAGGGUCAAUCUGCACAAGCCAUGGUGCCUUGCAGCUCAACCCAGCACAUUGUAGGACUCGGCAGCACAGCCCAGGCCGUCCAUUCCAGCUCAGUCUUCCCCACCUCUCACUACCCAAAUGGGAGCACCUCUCAGCAACCCAUGCUUCCACCUUACAGUGGCCGUAAAAUUUUGAUGUGCACCGUGGACAACUGUUACUGCUCUGGAGUCCCAUCAGUGUCAAAUCAUAGCAGCCACCCCCCCUACCCAAGGUCCAGCUCAUUUGCCUGGACAGUGACCUCCCAAGAGUACUCUCACUCACUCCCAUCUGCUCCUUCAGUGCCGCAGUCACUCCAGGGGCUGUCUGUACGGGACUGGAUAGAUGCCUCUCAGACACACAGGCAUCCCGACUUUUAUGGGCUCUAUGGCCAAUCUUCCACUAAACAUUAUGUCACAAGUUAACCUUUGACAUUCUCAAUAAUCCAUUACAGAAAGUGUGCAAAUAAAAUGAAAUAGUGUGCAUCCAUCAGGCCUUUUCCCCUAUCACCUCGUUUCUUUUAAUCAAAUUAAACUGCUAUUUUUAUUCCCUUUUUCUUUUUCCAAUCAACAUAUGUUAAACUUCACAGUUAAAUGUUGUCUUUAUUUAACUGGAAAUUUCAGUUUUAAGAGCAAUUGGUGCAUAGCUUGCUGCUUUAAACUUUCAUCAUGUUUUUAAGCUGGUUUUUCAGUUGAAUGCUCUGCCUGACUUUCAAUGUAUUUGUUGCUGGGAUAUGUCUGGCAUACAUUUUUUUUUCUUUUAGGUAACCUUCUGGGGAGCUUAAGUUUAAUUUGCAACACAAAUCGGCACAGUGGGUUCAAAUCUUCAUGAAAUGGGAUAGAUUCCCAGAAUAUUCUGCUUGUCUCUGAGCACAGACAACUGUGUGGAUGGCAGUUUUUUUUUUGUUUUUUUUUUUAAUACAAAUGGACAUUCUCCCCCCAUCCCCACCCUGAUUGUACAAGAGAGCAAGAAACAAGCUCUUAUUUAUUUUUAACUUCAUUUUUUUCAUAUUUUAAUAUUUUCUUUCUUAAAUCAUCUUGUGUGGAAAAGCAGACUGAUCCAGUUGCUUUUAAAGCUUAAGGUCUUCUUGGGAUUGCAGCAUAUCAAUGAAUGUUGGAUAUGGGAGACUCUUGGACUGAAAAGAUCAUUCAAGGCCUUGUGUUUAACCUUUUUUUAAUUUUCUACCCCACGUUGAACUUCCUGCGCCAAGCGCAUCAACGGGUCACUUCCUGUCUGUAGCUGUGAGCACUUGAGAGAGUGUAAGCACACUUCCUGUGUGAGAGUGAGUGAAUGUGCAUCAGGUGUGUAAGGGUUAGAGAAUUUUUCAUAAAUUUUAUAUGAAAGAUGUUCAAUUGCUUGGAAGAAGGUGGGGGGAGGGGGCCAGUGAAUUGGGCAUGCAGAGGGUCGAGCUUAUUUAAGAAGAGCUGUUCGGUUGACCGAAAAAAUGUGCUUGUAUACAUUUGUUUUGUAAAUAUUUUGUGAAACAAAAAAUGCAGAUGGGAUGUGAUAUUAAAAAAAAAAAAAAAUAAAAAAUAAACCAUAUGGUUUAAAAGAAAGCUGAAAUGUUUUGGGUAUGGUGGGAAUGUUAGAGUUGAUGGUGAUUAUGUGGCUUUUAAUCCACUUUCACUAGUGAAAGAUGUUCCACAGCUCUGGGCUAAGUUUAGCCUUCAUUAAAUUCACUUUCUACCAGGAAGUACUGCUCCCACCUAUCUCUACUUUGUUUUGCAUGAGUGAGGUUUUCUCCAUUAAUUAUGCUAGACAAGUAUGAGCAGAGCGAUUCAACUUGGGGAUCUUCACAGUCAAUAUACUUUCUAAGAAAUGACCGCCACAAAUGUAUUUCUUCUCAAAAUCCGGUUCUGUGGUCUUUUUGGGACCAGAACAAAUCUAAAAUUGAAGUUCACGCACUGUGCCGAAGUUCUGUGUUGUCUGCACGGAAGGCAUUCUUAUCUUGUACAGGACAGUAGUGUCACAUACACUGAGAACUCGCACCAGAGUAUGGGUUGGACCACAGCACUUUAAAGUUUAAAAGUGGCAUCUUUUAGCUCUAAACGUAUCUGGCAUUGCCAAGGGAAUAGCUACCACCCUAUUUUCUACUUGAGAGAACCGAAGGCAUGGCUGAGUGUUUUUCAAGAGUAUCUGUGAUACCAAUGGAUAGUUAAUGUUUGUCUUGUUUUUGUAAUCUUUAGGAUUCUGAAAGCUGGAAAAAAAAAAAAGCAAACUUCCACACACCCCAUCAAUAUUGUGUGCAGCAACAAUGCCGUUCUGGAAUGAUUAAAUGAUAAAGGCAUGAAAAUUGGAACCAGGGCUGUUUUCCCAGUGUACUACCUAAACGUUUUUUUUUGGUAUAGUCUUGUAUAGGUUAUUGCAAAAGCACAAGCUCUUUUGAAAGUCAAAAAAAAAUGAAAUCCAUUCUAUGGGUCUGCUCAGUCAGCCACCGCUUGAAGUUUACCAACAUGAUUUGGCAACAUGCUUUAAUUGGAUGUCCCUCUUCUGAGCAAGUAUUCACAUUGGCUGCUGAGGUCUUUGGACUGUGAGGUGGUGUGAGGGAAAGAGACCUGCUUCUCAGCAUUGUUAUCCCGACACAGGCUGCUCUUAACCAUGGUGUAAUAUUUGCCUUUGAAGCGCCACCGUUGUGUACAUUUAUGCUGGUUGCUGCUCUCUUUCCUGUCAUCAUUAGCAGAAGUCAAGGAAGUUGUAAAGCAGUACAAACUAUUGUUCAGUUGCCACUGUUUUAAAAUUGUUUUCCAUGUGUUGUAUAAAAUCUAUUUCAGUUUAUUGUAUAAUUUUUUUUUUUUUACUAUAUAUUCCCUUAAGUCUUUUUUCCCCUUUUGCUCAUUGCCAAACAAAAGUAGGAACAAGUCCUUCUGUUGUAUUAAUUCAGCAUUGCCAUUUUUCAGCUUGUCAUGCCAUAAUGUCUUUGUUAACAGCAAUAAAAAAAAUGGUACUGUCUCUUUUAAA